AUGCCAAAAUCACCGUCUAUCGUGUUUAUUGCCAGACACGGCGCCCGGCUCGAUGCUGCGGAUAAAGAUUGGCAUUUGACAGCCCCAGAGCCUUACAAUCCACCCCUAUCCUAUGGAGGCUGGAUGCAAGCGCGCGCGCUCGGUGUGCGUAUUUCCAGUCUGCUCAGGAAUCGGCAUUUCACCGGGCAGGAGCCUCGAGGUCCGCACCAGCAUCGUCCGACCUCGGAUGGCCAGGCAAAACCCACCCCCGCAUCCUCGGACCUGUGUCACCGAUAUAACGUCAUUGUCCAUACCUCUCCAUUCCUUCGAUGUCUACAAACCGCUAUAGGAGUCAGCGCUGGCAUCAAUCAACAAAGCACAACCACAGGAACACCCGGGGUGACCAGCCCAUUUCCCACCAUUCCAGAAGCCCCCACCCUCGAUACACGAUGCUUGGUCCGCGUCGACGCUUUCCUCGGCGAGUGGUUGUCACCAGACUACUAUGACCAGAUCACACCCCCGCCAGGCUCGGAUAGGAUGGUGGCGUUCGCCAAAGGAGAACUCAUUCGACGUGCCGAGGUCAUUCCCGCCGCGGAUGGGUCGACGCGGGCGUUGUCAGGUCAUUUCCCAGGCGGCUGGGGCAGUCGAUCUCAACCUACCUCGCCGGCCGAGGAUGAGGAGCGACGUCUGCAACAAGUCCCUGAACAGACCCAGCGCCAGCGCUCGAGCACCUACGCUACGCUACCAACCCCCGUGACCACCAAGCAUGCUAAGACAGCUCUGGGUCGCCUGAACACGGAUUUAGCGCCUACCGUGGAUGCUUCCUACGUGCCCCCCACUCCAAGCUAUGCUGUAUCUGCCUCAGACCCCAUACCUACCGGCUACGUUGCACAUGCGCGGGAUGCAUGCACUAAAAUUGAUUACCAAUGGGACAGCAUGCGCACACCAUAUUGGGGCACAGGUGGGGAGUACGGCGAAGAAUGGAGUACCAUGCAUGAACGCGUCCACGAUGGUUUCCAACAUAUGAUCAACUGGUACCGAGAACAGAACACAGCCCCUUUAACCCAGUCCCGCGGCGCCGACGGCGAUGAAGUGGAACCGGAACCAGAGACGGUUCUUAUCCUCAUCACCCAUGGCGCCGACUGCAAUGCUCUGAUCAGUUCGCUAAAUGGGCACUCGGUUCUGGUUGAUAUCAACACAGCCUCGCUUACAAUGGCUGUGCGACGCGACCGAGUCAAUAACCCCUCGGCAGACAUGGAUCCCAUGCCUCCAUCCUCGGAGCCAGAGAACCAAUCGGUGUCGCGGGAAUACUCCCUGCAGUUUGUGGCGUCGACUGAUCACCUGCGUCCGGGUAUCAAUCCCUCACAGCUGACCUCGCUGGCAUCUCCCUCCGCACCGGCAGUGUCUCCAUCGGUGUCUUCUUAUCGAAAUCGCCUGGGUGCUCGGCCGUCACUCCAAGCAUCGUACACCAAUAGGCCCUCGCCUGGCUCCAGCUCCAGUCUCCGUGGAUGGACGUUGGCGAAGCGUCCCUCCACGGCUUCUCGCGGUGCCGGUGGACUCUGGGGCUCGGUCGAGAAGACAGCCGAAACCGAAGACCCAUUCCCGGACUUUGGAGAUCGACCAGCCAGCCACGAUUCGGCAAUCCCGGAUCAGGCUGGAGAUCGUGGCUGGGUCAAGCAGCUCCCGCAGCGCACACAGUCGCAGCGUGGACUUUGGGGAAGUUCACAAGAUGAUCGUGAAGGAACGAAACGACGGUGGACAGUGACGGAGCAGAAAACACGACACCUUAUUCCCCGGGCAUCAAGGCAUCAACGUGGCGUUUGUCAACCCCCUCAUUGUUUGUUUCCCUUUGCUUGUACUCUUCUCUUCUCUCUCCCUUUCUGGCUUCUCUUCCUCUCCCCUCUUCUUACCUUAUCGUGCUUUUUCAUGUCGGCUCUUGAAGUCGACGGUCUCUCCGUCACUUAUUCUUCUGAUCGCACCGGAUCCCCGGAUCUGCGGCUGAUCCACUACAAUGAUGUCUAUCAUGUCGAAUCAGGCUCUGCAGAGCCUAUUGGCGGCGUGGCGCGGUUUCAAUCCCUCGUAAACUACUACCGUGCCCACUCCCAGUUUGCCGGACAACCCGAUGUCCUGACAUUCUUCUCCGGCGAUGCAUUCAACCCGAGUAUCGAAAGCACAAUCACAAAGGGCAGACAUAUGGUUCCAUUCCUCAACACCGUGGGCACCGAUGUGGCAUGUGUCGGUGUAAGUAUGAGAGCCUACCCGGCAUGCAGGCACACCGCUAAUCCGGUCCAGAACCACGACCUUGACUUUGGGGUGGUCCAAUUCCGCCAUCUGGCAAGUCAGUGCCAUUUCCCCUGGCUGUUGGCAAAUGUCCUUGAUCCAGCACUGGGGGAGGACACCCCAAUCGCUGAUUGUGGAAAGACCCGCAUGCUGACUUCAACAAAUGGACUCAAGAUUGGCGUCUUAGGUCUCGGAGAACGAGAAUGGCUCGACACUAUCAAUGCGCUUCCGCCAGAUCUGAUCUAUCAAUCUGCAUCCCAGACAGCCCAGAAACUUGCGAAACAACUCCGAGAUGAUGGAGCAGAUCUUGUUGUUGCCGUCACCCAUCAACGUGAGCCAAAUGACUAUAAGCUGGCGAACAACCUCUCGCCCGGUCUAGUUGAUAUUAUUCUUGGAGGCCACGAUCACUUCUACGCCCACGCCGUGGUCAAUGGGGUCCAUAUUAUUCGGUCGGGGACCGACUUCAAACAACUGAGCUACAUCGAAGCAUUCCGCAAACCUGGUGAUCGCCCUGGUUGGGAUUUUAACAUCACGCGACGAGAUGUGGUUCGUUCUAUUCCCGAAGAUCCCGACACAGUGGCCAUGGUGGCCCGACUCGGUGCCAGUCUCAAGGCCAAACUGGACAAGCCCAUCGGCUUUACGGUCAGCCCACUGGAUGGCCGCUUCUCCACCGUGCGCCAGCGUGAGUCGAAUCUUGGUAAUUUUGUCUGCGACCUGAUGCGCUACUACUAUGCCGCGGAUUGUGCCAUGAUGGCAGGUGGCACGAUUCGCGGUGAUCAAAUUUAUCCUCCGGGGAUUCUCAAGCUGAAGGAUUUACUGAACUGUUUUCCAUUUGAGGAUCCGGUGGUUCUGAUACGCGUUCGCGGUCAUGCCUUGUUGGCCGCGCUGGAGAAUGGAGUAAGCCAGCUUCCCGCACUCGAGGGCCGGUUCUCACAAGUCUCGAAUAUCAGUUACGGGUUCAAGUUGGAAGCGCCGUCAGGAUCUCGAAUCACAUUCGCUCGAGUUGGCGGCGAGCCCAUUGACCUGGAGCGUGACUAUGUCGUCGCCACACGCGGGUAUAUGGCUCGCGGGAAAGACGGUUUCACCUCAUUGUUGAUUGAGGCUGAAGGGGGUGAGGUAGAAGAGCUUGUGAGUGAAGAGAACGGUGUUCUUAUCAGCACAAUCCUGCGACAAUAUUUCCUCAGUCUGAAGGUCCUCGGUAAAUGGAAUCGCUGGAGCGCCAGUCUUCGCCGUCAUUGGGGCACCGUGCAUCGUAAUUUGCACAAUGAAGGCUGGCUCAAGCCGCCUUCUGCCUGUACAUCUCCCAAGGGCGAGAAAAAGACGCCUGGGAAGAGACUGGAACGGCCGACGCUUCAACGAACGUCCCGAGCAGCAUACUACUAUGGCCGAUUCCCGGAGGAAGUCGAACAACGGAAUCAGGAUCCCACGGCAGAUGAGACGAAUGGCAAUGCCAUGGACUCCGAUUCUGAUGAGGAUCCUGAUAUCCUGACCUCGUCGCGACCAACCACUAACUACGUCACUCAACCUGCUCAGUCCUCCGCCGAGGAGGAGCACCGUCUGCAAGUAGCGCGGCGGGUAGUGCGCAAGUGGAUGCGGCAUGCGGGCUUGCAGUCCGACAACUUGAACACCAUGGACGGCGAAGGGGAAUUCACUCCGGCCUGGACAUCGGGUAUCUCCCCUAGACUGGAAGGUCGGAUUGUGCAAGAGUAG